UAUCCUCUGGGUUACUUGACAAAUCCAUCGACAGGCAAGCGAUUCAUGUCUUCUCUCAUCGAGUAACUUCAGUGCCCAGACAGCACAUAUUUCGGUCUCGUCCUCCUCGCCUCAGUUUCUCGUACCUUUGCACCACCACCGGUGGUUCCGCCGGAACGCUCGCCGACAGAAGAGCGCCAUGGCCCGCGUGGUGGUUGAAGGGAUGCCGGAGUCGGCCGUCGGAGCAGGAGUGAUGCUGAACCGACGGAGGAGCAAAGGCAGGCGGAGAAACCGAAAGGAGUUGUUGGCUAUCCAGAUGUGCUUAGCGGGUGUACUGCUGGGGCUCGUCGUAGGGCUCAAGUCCGUGGCGCAGAAAGCAGGAUAUCAUGUUUCCAAUUCUGUGGUUGACGAGGGGGAGAGGUGGGAGAGCCGUCACCUUCUACAAGAAGUCUUUGACAACGAGUCAAAGCUGUACUCUGAGCCUGCAAAAAACUGCACAGAACCAGCAAUCCAUGAGUUUCCCAGGGAUUACUUCACCAACCAGGAGCGUGUUGAUGGAGCAGUGGGUCUACAUGUCCUUUGUACGGUCUACAUGUUCCUGGCCCUUGCCUUGGUGUGUGACGACUACUUUGUCCCGUCUCUGGAGAAGAUCUGUGAGCGUCUCCAACUGAGUGAGGAUGUUGCCGGAGCAACCUUUAUGGCAGCAGGCAGUUCAGCUCCUGAACUGUUCACCUCUGUCAUUGGAGUUUUCAUCACAAAAGGUGACGUCGGGGUCGGCACCAUCGUCGGCUCGGCCGUCUUCAACAUCCUCUGCAUUAUCGGAGUGUGUGGGAUAUUUGCCUUAGAGGCAAUUCGUCUCUCCCGCUGGCCCCUGCUUCGAGACUCGACGUACUACACUCUGUCUAUCUCUGCUCUUAUAGUGUUCAUCUAUGACGAAAAAGUGGUUUGGUGGGAAGCUCUCACGUUAAUUCUGAUGUAUUUCGUCUACAUUUUGAUCAUGAAGAUGAACUCCCAUAUUGUUCGUUUCCUGGAGAGGCGGAAGAAGAACCCGUCUAGUUUAAGGAACGGAGCAGCCAAUAACGCUGACCUAGACGAUGGCUGUGAUGCUACUGCUGUUCUACUAAAGAAGGCGAACCACCACAGGAAGCCGUCGGUGCUAAUGGUGGACGAGCUGCUGUCGGCAUACCCCCACCAGCUGUCCUUCUCCGAGGCGGGCAUGAGAAUCAUGAUCACCAGCCACUUCUCCCCGAGAACCCGCCUCACCAUGGCUUCUCGCAUGCUCAUCACCGAGAGGCAGCGUCUAAUCAACAACCGUACUUUGACCAACGGUGACUCGGAUGUUCCAGUGAAAGUAGGAAGUAGGCGGAGCAUAGAAAAUGGGCUGUCCAAGGCUGAAAGAGGCGUCAGUGUGCGCCGCGACGACCAAGAGGCGGGCAACGAGACGGAGACUGAGGACAAUGAGAACAACGAGAACGAUGAAGAAGAAGAAGAAGAAGAGGAUGGAGAUGGACCCUUGGUACCCUUCCAGUGCCCAGCGGGUGCAUUUAACAAGCUGAAGUGGCUGGUGGCCUGGCCUCUGUGCCUGCUACUCUACGUCACCGUCCCCAACUGCGCCAAGCCUCGCUGGGAAAACUACUUCAUGUUAUCCUUCUUCAGCUCCACCCUGUGGAUCGCCGCCUUCUCCUAUAUCAUGGUCUGGAUGGUAACAGUGAUAGGCUUCACACUUGGUAUUCCUGAUGUCAUCAUGGGCAUCACCUUCCUGGCAGCCGGCACCAGCGUCCCUGAUUGCAUGGCCAGCCUGAUUGUGGCACGACAAGGAAUGGGCGACAUGGCGGUGUCCAACUCCAUCGGCAGUAACGUGUUUGACAUCUUGGUGGGACUUGGUCUCCCCUGGGCCUUACAGACGCUGGCUAUCAACUAUGGCUCAGAUAUAAAACUAAACAGUAAAGGACUGAUCUUCUCUGUGGGGCUCCUGCUGGCGUCUGUGUUUACGACUGUCCUGGGAGUUCACCUAAACAAGUGGACUUUGGACAAGCGCCUGGGUUUCAUGUGUCUCCUCCUCUACUCCGUCUUCCUGUGUUUCUCCUGCCUCAUCGAGUACAACAUCUUCACCUUUGUCAACCUGCCAACUUGCCGGGAUGAAUGAGACACACGGACACACACAGACACACACAGGGACAAACCCACACACACGCACACACACAUUGAAAAUGAUGUUUGCAAGGAAUUCCAAGCAAAGUGAAGUAUUAAAUAGAGGGUGGUCUCCGACCAUUGAACGAGAACCUGAAAGUAUCAAUCUGAAUAAUUAUUUGCAAACCCAC